GAACCUUGGAUUUCACGCUGUUUACAUACACGUCACCAGGAAGUGUCUUGUACUGACUGAGCGAAAUGUUGAGACAGGAUUCUGAGGGCGACGUGCCCUUUUUUCACGAGAAUGAAAAUGAGUUCAGGGAGAGGAAAUCUAACAUCAAGCACCCCCUGGCAUCCUUUUUCCACCUUUUCUUCCGAGUUAUGGCCAUCUUGAUUUACCUGCUGUGUGACCUCUUCAGUGGCAGCUUCAUUGCGAGCGUGGUAUCCAUUAUUCUACUGCUGUCAUGCGACUUCUGGACUGUCAAGAAUGUAACGGGCCGGUUGUUGGUGGGCCUAAGAUGGUGGAACCAGGUAGAUGAUGAUGGCCAGAGCCACUGGGUGUUUGAAGCCAGAAAGGAAACCAGCAGAAAGACUGUUUCAAAUUCUGAAUCAACAAUAUUCUGGUUGGGUCUAAUUAUAUGUCCAGUCUUCUGGGCACUUUUUGUAUUCAGCACUAUCUUCUCCUUCAGGAUUAAGUGGUUGGGAGUAGUUAUCAUGGGUGUAACCUUACAAUGGGCCAACUUAUAUGGCUAUGUGCGUUGCAAAGUGGGUGGGGGCAGCGACCUGACCAAUCUGAGGACUAAGUUCACAAAUUAUUUGGGCCUUAAACUCUUCAAACAGACACUGAAUGGAACAGAGGGACCAUAGAUUUCCAUGUAUUGGAAUGCAUCAUGAAGGAUGGGGUAGAACUUUGCCCUUGUACUUUGAAGGAUCUAUUAUGCUAUUGUGCCAUUACGGUGGACAGAGGGAUCUUUGUUAUAGUUUGAUACUUGUUUAUUGAUGUCUUCGGUUACCAUACCUUAGCAAGCCAUUAUCAAAGAUGGCAGCAUACUGUACAUGUAGAUAGACAUUUGUGUUGCAUAUUAAUUUAUGCUUACAUGGUAUUUUCUUAAAUGGUACAGAUCUAGGUAUCUACUUUCAAUUCAGUUUAAUUUUACAUUGAAAUUGAAUUGAAUUGAUUAAAGGUAUCUACUUAACUGUUUAUCUAUAGUAUGUUGGAAAAAUAGAAUUCAUUUCUUGAGUUUGAAACCAAUGGAUUUUUAAUUCUCCAUAUUCAGCUUUUUUAAUAAACCAAACAUACCCAA